AUGGAGUUCCCUGGCCUGGGGGCCCUGGGGACCUCUGAGUCCCUGCCCCAGUUUGUGGACCCUGCCCUAGUGUCCUCACUACCAGAGUCGGGGGCCUUCUUCCCCUCGGGGCCUGAAGGCUUGGAUGCAGCAGCUUCCUCCACUGCCCAGAACACCGCCUCGGCUGCAGCUGCUGCACUGGCCUACUACAGGGAUGCUGAGGCCUACAGACACUCCCCAGUCUUCCAGGUGUACCCACUGCUCAAUUGUAUGGAGGGGAUCCCAGGGGGCCCACCAUAUACCAGCUGGGCCUAUGGCAAGACGGGGCUCUACCCUCCCUCCACUGUGUGCCCCACCCGCGAGGACUCCCCACCUCAGGCCUCAGAAGAUCCGGAUGGAAAAGGCAGUUUCCUAGAAACGUUAAAGACAGAGCGACUGAGUCCGGACCUGUUGACACUGGGACCUGCAGUGCCUUCCUCCAUCCCUGUCCCCAGCAGUGCCUAUGGGGGCCCUGACUUUCCCAAUAACUUCUUCUCUCCCACCGGAAGCCCCCUCAAUCCAGCAGCCUAUUCCUCCCCCAAGCUCCGUGGAGCCCUGCCCCUGGCCACCUGUGAGGCCAGAGAGUGUGUGAACUGCGGAGCGACAGCCACUCCGCUGUGGCGGCGAGACAGGACAGGCCACUACCUGUGCAAUGCCUGUGGCCUCUAUCACAAGAUGAAUGGGCAAAACAGGCCCCUCAUCCGGCCCAAAAAGCGCCUGAUCGUCAGCAAGCGGGCAGGUACCCAGUGCACCAACUGCCAGACAACCACCACGACACUGUGGCGGAGGAAUGCCAGUGGGGACCCUGUGUGCAAUGCCUGCGGACUCUAUUACAAAUUACACCAGCAGCGCUGUGGAGGCGCCAUUCAGCCCUUGAGGACACAGAGCAUGUCCCCAGAGCAGGGCUGGGUCCCUCUCCACAGUCCCUCUACAGCCCAACCCUCUGGGCCCCCCACACCCCUUGGUCUGGAUUGUCAAAGAUUUGUGA